GAUGAUGCCAAUGGGUGGGAUGAUGCCUCCAGGUCCAGGAAUGCCUCCAAUGAUUCCGGGUGUGCCACCAGGUAUGCCUCCUCCAGUGGUCCACCGUCCAGCCAUCGCACACAUGGCUCAGGCCCCCCCUGCUGCAAACAUGCUGGUCAGACCUGCUGUUCCUGCUGCCACUGCCCCCUCAGCUCAGCCUGAUGGCACCAAACCUCUGUUCCCCAGUGCUGGACAGAUGGGCAGUCGGGGUGCGAGUACAAGUACAGGGUCUCCAAGUGCAGACUCAGAGUCCGCCUCCCCAAAAGCUCUGUUCACUAUCACAGCAAAAAGUCAGCAGACAGUGUCAGGGCCCCCCCAUCCUCCCCCUUCUACUUCCUCUGACCUCUCAAAGCCCACAUUCCCCGCCUACACUCAGGCCACUGCAGCGGUGUCCAGCCCCAGUGCUGGCAGCAGCACAGUCUCCAAACCUCCCUCUACUCUGACCAGUAAGCCUGCCACCCUCACCACCUCCAGUGCUACCAGUAAGUUGAUCCACCCUGAUGAGGAUAUCUCACUGGAAGAGUUGCGAGCUCAGUUGCCCAGGUACCAGCACAGUUUUCCCCACCAAGGCCAGGCCACUGCUGCUGCCCCGUCAGCAGGUCCCAUGGGUGGCAUGAUGCCUUCUCAGCAGCCCGGCGUGAGCCAUCCCAUACCAAGUCAGUAUGGUGGUCCACCACAGGGGAUGCAAGGCUACAUACCAGGAGGAAUGCCUCCAUAUGGACAGGCCCCUCCUGUGGUUCCCCCAGGGUACCAGGGAGCCCCUAUAAGGCCGCCCAUGGGAAUGAGACCCCCUGUCAUGUCUCCUGGAGGCCGCUACUGAAGCCUGCCUUCCUCUCUUCUAUAGGUUUGGACACUCAACCCUUUUCUAAUGUCUUCAGCUGCUAGUAGACAAACCAGUAUUGGUAUUAUAGAACCACAACGUACUGUGUAGUCUACUCCUGAGCUAUGAAGAAGAGACACUGAAUAAACAGCAAUCAAAAGAGCUAUAAAAGCAUCACUGAGCGCAUGGGAAAACAUUUACACUGUACCUAACCAAGACUAUUAACUGUUGUUUCAAACCAUCUCUGUGGCUUUUUUUCUUCUCAUGUUUCAUUUAGGUGUGUAGAAGUGUAAUAGAUAUGGUUCGUAGUGUUGUGAAGGCGCUGGAGUUACAUGGGCAGUACCCACCCUUUAUCAAGGCAAGUUUAAUGUACAGACAUUUCUGUUCUAAGCUAAACAGUGAGGCCUUCACAGCACUUAGUGCUGUUGGACUUUACGUCCCCAACUUUGUUUGGUGAGGGCUUCAAGUUACUGUUAUCCAUUCAUUCUGUUUUGUGCUACUAAUUUAAUGAAUAACCACCACCUUAACUUUAAAUAGAUGUAUCGUUGAGAAAACUGUACUGUAAUAAAAUGUGGUCAAAAUGUAAGACUCGUCAUUGCGGGACGUUAGUGGGAAAAGAGACGUCACAACAGGUUUGUACUAACUAACUACACAGCGACUGUUUUGUUGUCCUGGAGAUGAACAAUGAAAACCUAUAGAAAUGCUUUAUUGAGUUGGAAUUACAAUGUUGUUAUAUGUUAUACUGUGACAAUAAGCAGUGCAUUGAAGUUCUUUAAUUGAUGCUCUGUACACGGCACUGGCAGACUGGCCUUUGAAACACAGAGUGCAUUGUACAGCUGCAUAACUUCAGGGUCACUAGUGGCUGUAGUGCUAAAACCCAGAUUUCUCUUCUCCCUGUAGCAAUGCCAUGGGGGACUGGCUGAGGCCCUGUCUCAGUGUAGCCCUGUUUCAGCCUGAGGCAAGUCUCACCAUUUUCUGUCUUCUCACUCAUUACCAGGGGCCCUCACAGCUUUCAUGCUGUUGGAUCUCUAUGUCCCCAAACUUGCAGCAAGUUUGGUGAAGGCCCUUGUUUGUGUUGUUGCGUUCAGGUACCAUUUUCUCCAGGCAUGUUAGCUCAUGUGGAUUAAAGUCUUUUUCUGCCAUUGAA